AUGAUUUGCAUUUUACCCCUCGCCAACUUGCUCCGUCUGGCCCCCACGCCUGUUCCGCAUGCACCCAGCCCAUCUAAAAAACGCAAGCACCUUCUUCUCGGAACAGCAACCCUCAUUGUAGGCCAAGAUGCUGGCUUCCAUGGCUUUAAAGGCUACACCAAGCUACCAGAGUGGGUAGAACUAGGACAGGAGCCUAACUCCAGUCUCCGUGUCGAGGAAACAAAGCCCGAAGCAACAACUGCUCCAAGAUCAAUGACUGCUGGUGAGAAACUGGAUAGAGCACUUCGGGAGCACCAAGCUGCUGUGCCGCCCCCAACGCCAUAA